ACCACGAAAAUCAGAUAACCGAACGAAGAUUCUUGAGAAAAUUUUCUUCCCUGGUCUGUGAAAACAAAGGUAGCAAUUCGUGAUUUUUCUCACCAUGAACUCUGGAGGGGUGUCGAAAACGAAAUCGUCUGAUUAACUUGCUUAAGAAAGCGGAACUAAAUACAGAAUUUCGUUACUCGUGAAACAAGCGCAUUGCAAAGGGUGUCGAGGAGAUGGAAAGUGAGAGAAGGGGAGGGGACUGAUAGAUAAUUUAAGAGAAAAAAAAAGCUCCGAAAAGUGCUUAAAGAUCUGAUCGGGGAGAAGUAAAAAUCAGUAGUCACAUAAGUUUGGACUAAGACAGUCAACUAGCUCUGUUUGGUCAAGAGUUUCUGAUUUUUUGACACAUAUUCAUAGAUUGAAGUGGGAUUACUACAGUGGCAUUAUGCCUGGGUCAGUUGUCAACGACAACUCAUUUUCAAAUGGACUUCAUAAUGGAACUCUGAAAGUGAGUUUAGGAAAAAAUGGAUUUGUCGAUACAAUGGGAAGGCAAACGAGCCUCGUCUGGAAUAAAAAAGUGCCGAAUACAGAAAUGGAUAAAUUCAAGAAGGUCAUCGAAGAAAAGUACAGCAGACGCUUCAGUUCUUAUUGGAACUUUCAUAAAUGGUCAGUAGAAAACUACAUAACUUUCUGGGAAGAAUUAUGGCACUAUUUCGGUGUUAUUGCUUCAAGGCCUUACGACAAGGUAUUUAAGAGAGUAGGAAGUGGAUUUCUAGAUAUCGAGUGGUUCAGCGGGGCUAGAUUCAAUUAUGCUGAAAAUCUUUUGAGGAUCAGAGACAACAGGACUGCUAUAAUUUAUGCUGACGAGCUGGGGAACGAUGAAACUGUGACAUUUGCUGAGAUGUAUAACGAAGUGAAACUCUACGCUGCUGCGUUUCGCAAACAUGGCUUGAGAAUCGGCGACAGAGUUGCCUGUUACAUGUCAAACAGGAAGGAAGCGAUUUUUGCAAUGUUAGCUACAACAAGUAUUGGAGCCAUUUGGAGUGGUCCUCUCCCAUAUUAUGGGGCAAGAGCUGCCUCCAACAUUGUAAAUACUAUGGCACCAAAGUUUCUUAUAGCAGUGGAUCAUUUACAAGACAAUGGGCAUCAAUUUCAUCCAAUCGAGAACUUGCCAGCAAUUGUUGAUAGCACCCCUAGCUUGGAGAAAGUGAUCAUUGUUCCAACCAGAGAAGAAACUUUCUGCCGGGAUAUGUCAGACAUCAGAAACAGUGUUUUCUUAGAAGAUUUUCUGCAGAGCGGUCGAGCGCCCGAUGGCUCUGUACCGGAGAUCGAAUUCGAACAACUUCCUUUCAAUCACCCCAUCUGCAUCAACUUCACUUCCGGGACAACUGGUCUUCCAAAGGGACCUGUCCAUUCUGCUGGGAUUCUAAUACCUAUACUGAGAGAUUUUGCUUUCCAUCUGAAUUUGAAAUGUGGCGAUAUUGCAUUCAACUGUUUUCCGGUUGGAUGGAGUCUAUGGGAUUAUCCGAUUUCAAGUCUGGCUCUGGGCAUCAAACUCUUCUUGUACAAUGGAAGCCCUUAUUUCAACAGAAAAGGAUCGAACAUCUGGGACAUCUUUUCCCAGUACAAAGUCUCUUUUGCCUUCCUCGCCACAACCAUGGUGGAUAAAUUGGAGAAGGAAAAGAUAAAACCCACCCCUGGUUCGAGUUUUGACAAUCUAAAAAUUAUCGGAAUCGGUGGAAGCCCUGUGAAAAAACAAAACUUUGAAUACCUUCAUAGUACUGUAAAGAAGGACUUAUUUGUAGGUAGCAUGUACGGAGCUACCGAAGUGUUUGGGGCGUUUUCAGGUUUCGAUUUUAACACUCCAUCCUUCGGCGGGGAAAUUCAAGCACCUGCUUUGGGAGCAGAUAUUCAUUGCUUCGAUCACAAUGGUAAUUCAGUCGUUGGACAGAGAGGUGAAUUGGUGGUAGCAACUCCGAAUCCUUCUUUACCAAUUUACUUGUGGAAAGAUUUGGAUAACAGAAGAUUGCAUGAAACAUAUUUCAGCAAAUAUGAAGGUGUAUGGAGUCAGAAUGACGAAUGUUGGAUCAACCCUCAAACGAAUGGAAUUGUCGUAAUUGGAAGGAGCGAUGAUACAUUGAAACAAAAUGGUGAAAGGUUUGGAUCUGGUGAUAUUUACUUUGCAAUUCACCAAAUGGAAGAACUACAAGAUUAUCUUUGCGUGGGUCAGGACGGCAAAGACGGUGACACAAGAGCGGUGCUUUUUGUGAAACUAAAGAAAGGUUACUCUUUUACCCCACAAUUGAGAGAAAAGAUCGCCAAUACGAUCAACCGGGAACUGUGGGAAGAUUACGUACCUCAAGUGAUUGUAGAAGCACCAGAUAUACCUUACAACCUGAACAAUAAAAGGAUGGAGAGUUUAGUUCGACGAAUCGUUGCUACAAAUAAAGUACCUGAUACGAUGAAUAUUAAAAAUCCUGAUUGUCUAAAAUAUUUCUGCAAUAUUCCAGAAUUGAUCAAUUACAAAUAAUAAAUGCACGACUUUUCAUCCAUUUCAUUUUUUAUCAGCUCAGCAUUUACAUAGAUGUCUGCAAAAGUUUUAUCAUCGACGCCAUUGACAGCGGUUUCUUCAACUAAUUCAUUUAUAAAAUGUUCAUAAUUUAUUUAUAAAAUUUGAUUUUUGUGUUAUUUAUAUGAAGCAAAUUUAUUAAUUUGUUCCGUUUUAAUGUAUAAAAUGAAUGUUUUCUGAAUAUCUUAUAAGUAGCAAUCUAUAAGGGUGUCCCAUAAGUUUCUUUCUUAUUUCUAAUAUUCUGUUAUCCCUAUUCUAAUAUUUACUGUUUAAAAUAUUAUUUAUUUUGUUAUAUAAGUACCCUUUUGCUCUAUUACCUUUUCUCAGGAAGUCUUAUUAUACUUUCUUAUUAUUAUGUUUUGGACAAGAAAUAAUCCUAGAGGUGCGCUUUUAUUUUGUUGAUGGAUUUAAAGCGCUUAUGGCUAAGAGAAUAUUUUAAUGACAAAAAUAAGUAAUAAUCAGAUGGAGAGAGAUAUGGAAAGUAUGCAGGAUGGUAAAAUAUCCCAAUAAAACUGUAAGAACUCUCUUACGACUAAUGCAAUAUGUGGUUUCGCUUAGUCCUGAUGAAAAACAACGCCUCUUUGGUUCAUUAUUUCUAGCCGCUUUUUUUCUAUGGCAGCUUUCAUGAUCCAGUUGAUGACAGUAUUUCGUAGAAUGUAUUGCUUCACUUUGAGGAAGGAGCUCGUAGAAAAUUACGCCUUUCCAAUCCUACCAAAUGGACAAAAGAACUUUUUUGGGGUGUAGUCAGGCCUGUACUGCAAAAGAUCACUAAUACGACCGAAACCGAUGACAUAGAUGGCAAAUAGAUAAACCUGCAUGUCUGCACAAGCAGAGCCAGAUAAGGCCAUUCAUAGCGAUGAGAAAGAAACUUUUGGGACACCCUGAUAUUUUAAGGCUUCCAGAAAUUUUUUAAAAAUGAAUUAUAAAACUCUUAUUAGAAUGGAAUUCCUGUGAAAUUUUUAAUUUACUGGAAUUUUAAAAUUAAGAAUUUUGAAAAAAUUACUGAUGACGAAGAAUUGUUUUAAAAAGUUAAAGUUUAUUUAAAAGUUAAUAAAAGUAAAAGAUUAUUUCAGUUUUAUUCAAUACAAUGUUGUAUUCAAAGUGUGGUGGAAGUAUGUAUGCCCCGGGAUAAGGAAUCAGUGUAAACAAUGCAAUAAUCUUAAAUGUUUUUUCGUUUUUAAUAUAUCCUUUCGUUGUGCAUAUGAUUUUGUUUAUUGUUUAUAUUAUUAUGUUUGUU